UAUUCUUCCACCUCUUGUACCCUCUCCAUCAACUUCUUAUUCUUGUUUGGAACCACACUUGACUUCACUGACGACUUCCUCUCUCUUCACUCCACACACCUCACAUCCUCCAGCCAGCCCAGUGGAUUCAGACUUGACUCUAUUCGAAUUAUUUUGUAUCCCCUCCGCAAUGGCACCAGUUUCAGAACAGAUGGCCAUGACUCAGGACCAAACCAUGAAGGACGCGAUCGCCUCGAUAGCAUCCCUCAGCAACGGUACCAGCUCGCCCGCCAAGAGAGCCCGUGGGGUCCAUAGUCCCACACGAUCCAUCCAAUCCGAGCGACGGCCCUCCUUCUCCAUCACACUGCCCCCCUCCUGCUCCAGGAGUAGCCUCAUGAGCACCAGGUUCUUCUUGAACCAAGGCGAAGACAGCAACAGGACCCUCGAGCACAUCGAACGAAGACCUAGUGUGCACUUUAUCCCAGACGAGGACGACAACCUGAUGAACCACGAGGCGAGGCAUGGUCUUCCAAGGACGCCCUAUCCAACAACAGGAGAAGAGGAGGAACGGAUCCAGAGCUCACUCUUCAAGCACUGAUCCAUUCCUCCACCGCUUUUGCUUUCCAACCGACCGACAUCACCCAUUCAACUCCCCCUCUCCCCUCAGCCUUCAGCUUUUUACUGUUCGCUCUCUUUCUGACCCAGAGUCAAGCAAACAGCUCUCGCGCUUUGUAUAUAGCGAUGCCUCCUCAGUGUAUAUCUUCACCCUUCCCAAAAUCGCAGCAGCCAGCUUCUUUUCUUUUUCUUC